AAUUAAACUUCCAUGUAUAGCACAUCAUGCUUACUUGCGUGAAUUGAGUGACUUUAAUAUUUCCUUAAUAGACAGAGUCACUAUCACAGUGACCAAUACCACCAAGGAACUAAGAAUUGUCCACACAGGUAAGAAUGAAGAUGGAAAUCAAAGAGGAUGUGGAGGGUGGUACUCACAAAGGAAUAACAGAACCAUUAUUGGAGGGGAAACACCAUGCAAGAAAAGACCAUCAUCAUCCAUGGAUGGUUUACUUCACCACAUUCAUUGCUGUUUGUGGUUCUUAUGAAUUUGGUGCUUGUGCUGGAUACUCAUCUCCAACUCAAGAAGCUAUCAGGAAGGAUCUUAGUCUAUCUUUGGCAGAGUACUCCUUGUUCGGCUCCAUCUUGACUUUCGGUGCGAUGAUUGGUGCAAUAACAAGUGGUCCUAUAGCUGAUUUCGUUGGAAGAAAGGGGGCAAUGAGAGUGUCAAGUGCUUUCUGUAUUGCAGGGUGGCUUGUUAUUUACUUUUCUCAGAAUCCAGUGCCUUUGGAUAUUGGUAGACUAGCAACUGGAUAUGGAAUGGGAGUUUUUUCAUAUGUGGUUCCUGUCUUUGUAGCAGAAAUUGCGCCGAAAGAACUCCGAGGAGCCCUAACUACCUUAAAUCAGUUCAUGAUUGUUACUGCUGUAUCUGUCUCAUUCAUAAUUGGAACUGUACUUUCAUGGAGGGCUUUAGCUAUAAUUGGCCUCAUUCCAACUGCUGUGUUGCUUUUGGGUCUGUUCUUUAUUCCAGAAUCUCCUAGAUGGCUAGCAAAGAGAGGACGUGCAAAAGAUUUUGUGGCAGCAUUGCAAAUACUUCGCGGUAAAGAUGCUGAUAUAUCUCAAGAGGCAGAAGAAAUUCAGGAUUAUAUAACUAGUUUAGAUCGGCUGCCAAAACCGAAGGUGCUGGAUUUGUUUCAAAGAAGAUAUUUACGCUCACUCACGAUUGGAGUAGGACUUAUGGUCUGCCAGCAAUUUGGAGGAAUCAAUGGAGUUUGCUUUUACACUAGUAGUAUAUUUGACCUAGCAGGAUUUCCUUCCUCGACCGGGAGUAUAAUUUAUGCUAUUCUUCAGAUUGUGAUCACAGGUGUUGGAGCAGCCCUCAUAGAUAAAGCAGGCAGGAAGCCCCUACUUUUGGUAUCGGGAUCAGGAUUGGUUGCAGGAUGUAUAUUAACAGCAGUUGCAUUCUAUCUUAAGGUUCAUGAUGUGGGUGCCGGGGCAGUCCCUGUGCUCGCUGUAACUGGCAUAUUGGUCUACAUAGGAUCAUUUUCAAUAGGAAUGGGAGCAAUUCCAUGGGUUGUAAUGUCCGAGAUAUUUCCUGUCAAUAUUAAAGGGCAGGCAGGAAGCAUAGCCACAUUAGUGAAUUGGUUUGGUGCUUGGUUAUGUUCUUAUACUUUUAACUUUCUCAUGAGUUGGAGCUCCUAUGGUACCUUUGUUCUUUAUGCUGCAAUCAACUCACUAGCUAUAUUAUUUAUAGCUAUAGUAGUGCCAGAAACCAAAGGUAAGAGUCUUGAACAAUUACAGGCAGCCAUUAACGCGUAGGAAAUUUGCGAUUUUCAGUGUUUGGUGGAACAACAAAGGAUGCAAGUUGAUGAUUGAAUCACUAGCCAUAUAUUUUUUUUGAUCUGUUUGCUUCUAUAUUUGAUGAUUGAAUUUACUAUUGUUUAUGAUUGAAUAUUGGUUGUAUUUAUGUCAUUGAUUCAUGAAAAGUACUUCAAAGCAACAUAAAAAAUUUACUACAA